AACUCAAAAUUCUCAAACCACCCGCGCAUCCGCCUCAUGCGCCUCCAGGUUGACACAACGCUGGCGCAAAGGGGGAACGGGCGGAGGAAACUAUGCCUAGAAACUAAGCCAUUGAACCCUUUAGAACUCUAAAAACCACUCCCAACGUUCUCAACCCCAAAAUGGAACGGCACCGCGCCGCCGUGCGACUCAUCUCGUCCACGAUCCGCGGCUUCUUCGACCGCGCCGAACCCUACCGCAUCACCCACGGCUCAACCAACUCAACCCGGCCAGCGCACCUCAAGAAAGCCUCCCGGCUCGUCGAUAUAUCGGCACUCUCCAAUGUACUCGAGGUGAACACAGAACAGCGCACCGCGCUCGUCGAGCCUAACGUCCCCAUGGACCGGCUCGUUGAGCACACGCUCCGGCACGGCCUCGUCCCGCCCGUCGUCAUGGAGUUUCCUGGGAUUACAGCGGGGGGAGGCUUCGCGGGCACGGCGGGCGAGAGCAGUAGUUUUCGGUGGGGAUAUUUUGACGAGAAUGUGAAGAAGGUCGAGAUGGUGCUUCCGGAUGGGGAGGUGGUGGAGGCCGAACCGCGGGCGGGGACUAGGUAUGCGGAUUUGUUCCGGGCGGCGGCGUCGACGGUGGGGACGUUGGGUGUCACGACGUUGUUGGAGCUGGAGCUUAUUGAGGCGAAGAAGUUCGUGCGAACCACGUAUCGGAGGACCAGCAGUAUUGCCGAGGCGAUCAAGGUGGUCAGAGAGGAGUGCGCGAGGGAGGAUAAUGAUUAUGUGGAUGGGAUUCUGUUCUCCAAGGACCAUGGCGUUAUUGUCAGUGGGAAGAUGACGGACGAUGGGCCGCGUGAGGGCGAGAGCUUGAGGACGUUUAGCGGGCCGUGGGAUCCUUGGUUCUAUCUUCAUGUCAAGGACACCACCAAGGCUGUGCCUUCGUCAACAUCGACGACAGGCACUACGGGAACUGUAACGGAAACAAUACCAUUGGCCGAGUACCUUUUUCGAUACGACAGGGGCGGUUUCUGGGUCGGGGCUGCUGCAUUCGAAUACUUCCGCCCCAUCCCCUUUAACCGCUUCUUCCGCUGGUUCCUGGACGACUUCCUGCACACGCGCAUGCUAUACCGCGCACUACACGCAAGUGGCGAGAGCGCCAAAUUCUUCGUGCAAGACCUAGGACUUCCGUACGAGACGGCGGAGCAGUUCAUCGACUACACGGCCGACAAGCUGAACAUCUGGCCCCUGUGGCUCUGCCCGCUAAAGACACCAAAGGGUCCGACCUUCCACCCACAUCUUAGGGGAAAGGGUGCAGGCGAGAUGUUGAAUAUCGGUGUUUGGGGCUGGGGCCCGGCGGACAAGGAAGCGUUCGUCAAAGUCAACCGGGGCCUCGAGGCCAAGGUCAACGAGCUGGGCGGCCAGAAAUGGCUCUAUGCUCAUACGUACUACGAGCAAGACGAGUUCUGGGAGACGUACGGGAACAAGGAAUGGUACGAUGGUCUGAGGCAGAAGUACAAGGCGACGUCAUUACCGACUGUGUUUGAUAAGGUGAGGGUCAAGGAUGCGCCACCUGAAACAGGCUGGAAGGCCAUGGUGAAGAGCACAUGGCCGCUUGGGGGGUUAGUCGGGAUUCUGAGAGGGAUUCAGUCUAAGGAUUAUUUGAUGCAUCGGAAUGCGACGUGGAAAUGGAAUGGAGAUAAAGGAAGGGAAAAGGUGCUGUAGAUUGCAGAGUGGCUGGCGGCAUGUAUUACUCUUACAGGCGGUAUAGCCAGCAGCUGGACGAUGGAAUAGCAUGUAUACAUAUAGAUGUAAGACCAUGUCAACCUACCGUGAAGUUGCCGUUAUCCAAGGAACGGGGGUAUCUGUAAGUACUGUACCUUUGCUGUUCGCGCCUUGGAACUGCCUCACGACAUUGAGCCACUUGGCCGACUUCCAAAAUCCCAGUAAGACCACCUAAACCGGGACUUUCGAGGUACGGUUUUGUCAGCUGCAUGGAUAUUCCUGAAAUGAUUGGUGAGAUACUGCACCUACGUCGUAACUGCAUCUGCUAGUUGGCCGGGGUGGCUCGGUCGAUAUUGGUAAAUGAGGUGACGAUUG